UCCCAAAGAAGUUGCUGCUGCAGGAGCCCAACCCCAGAGUGGCAGUGUACCCCCCGUCACCCAGUGCCCAUGACCCAAACGUGGUCGGAGACAGCGCCCUCCCUGAUGGGACCUCGGUCAUAACCUUGGAGUCUGUGCUCUCAGGAAAGAAGAAGCGAGGGAGGGAGUUUGGUUCCUACUCUGGGGAGGUGAAGACAAAUGAAGGAGGAGUGGAGGACAAAGCCCCCCAGCCACCGGACAUGAACCCUGUGAUCAAUGCUACAACUGUCAGCACUGACAUGUCCCUUAUCAGUAGCUCACUGGCAGCCUUCAACUAUAUAGCAGACCACCCAGAGCGCGCGGCGCUCUACUUUGUGUGCGGUGUGUGCCUGGGCCUUCUCCUCACCCUGUUUGCUCUGGUGGUCCAGAUCUCGUGCCGCACCGACUGCCAGCCUCGCCGCCGCUGCCCCGGCACCACCACCAAGAACCGCCUGCGGCCCACCGACUCCUCAUCGGACUCCAGCGACUCAGACUCGGACUGGGAAACCACGUCGGAUCUAUCCGCGCGCCGCCACCGCCGCUUCGAGCGCACGCUCAACAUGAACGUGUUCACGUCUGCGGAAGAGCUGGAACGGGCACAGCGGCUGGAGGAGAGGGAGAGGAUCAUACGAGAGAUCUGGAUGAACGGUCAACCCGACAUACCCGGGACGCGUAGCCUCAACCGCUAUUAUUGAGGCAAGAACGUAAAUUAACCACUACUAGAUCUAGAUGAACCCGGGACGGGGAGCCUCAACUGCUUUUAUUGAGGACCGUAAAUGAACCGCUACUAGAUCUAGAAAGGGUGGAGUGCAGUACUUGAGAUGGGAUGUGUAGGACCACAAAAACACACUAGGGUUUGGGGAUGGGGGGAAGGGACCCCCCCACCGGACCUGGUUUUCGGAGGUGUGCAUGAUAACAGGACCACUUUGGACUGCGGGGGUUUGGAACCGCACGAUGGAACACAGUGACGCUUGCAGACCAGGAAGGAUAAAUAUCCCCCUCUGUCUGUCAGUCAGUCUGUGUCCGUGUAGGCACUGUAAAGCAAAAAAAAAACUGUUAAUGCAGUGAGAAUAAGCUCCUACUUCUCAGCAUGGUAAGCUUGACCCGGAGCCUGCCUCUCAUUGGUGGAGGAUGAAGGUGAAAGGUCAGCUAACUGCACUGCCUCACAUUUUACCUCAUCGCACCCUCCUGAAGUGGAGGAUCUUGAGAUACUGAGACUGUGAAGCCUGAAAGGUCAAAGGUGACUUAAGGACAGUUGCCAAUGUUACUCCAGUGUUGCCUAGUGGAUAUUGAGAAUUGGGCAAAUAUGAAAGCGUGCAGCUUGCUUUAUGCUCACUCACACUCCAGUAUUCAAACGGUCGGCUUUAGGAGAGGCGUAACACUUACAGUUAAAAGGACAUCGUGACACUCAAGUCAAACUUACAGUGUAACACUUACAGUAAAAUGGGACAGUGGACCAACAACGUCACAAUCUUUAAGAGGAAAAUGACCAUGGUCAACCAACGCCGUCUUUUGAAUUUUGAACCCAAAAUGUGUUUUUUUAAAUUCUUCUCAAACAUUUUAUGAAAUCUAUUUUAUAUAAUAUUUAAUAGUUGUAUUGUUGUGUAUUUUUGUCUUUACGGUUAUUAUUAUGAGAUAUUUUUAUACUGCGGUUAUCAAAACUUUUCUGGCACCUCAGGGAUGCAAUCCUAGGGGAGUCCAAAAUGGCACCCUAUUUCCUUUAUAGUGCUCUACUUUUGGCUAGAAUCUUAUAAGGGUCUGGCAAAUCUCUGGCUAAAAAUUAGUGCACAACAUAGGGAAUAGGAUGCAGUUUUGGGUGUAGCCCCUAGCGUUUCUGUGUAUGGUAGUUUCUAUUUGCUUCUUAAGAAGAGGAUUGGGGCCCGAAUUCAUUAAGCUUCUCAUUGUAGGAGUGCUGAUCUAGGAUCAGGUCCCCCAUGUCCAUGUAAUCUGAUUCAUUAUGAUAUAAAGGCUAAACUGA